CGAUCCACUUUUACUACGCGGUUUUGGCGACAAAAGCAGUUAAAACCCCCCUCUAUUUCAGCGGUUCUUGAGGACCGUUACCGGGAACUGGUCUUCCUAAUCAGCAACGACUCUACUAAUCUUCUCAGUGCUUACAAGUCUUCACAUCUAUUUGUCGUCUGCUUUAAACCUUCCAGAAAAAGAUCUUGAAAUCCUUUCAUUGAGCAUUUGGGAUUGGUCAAGCCCCGAACCCACCUACAAGAUAUUGACAAUCAAAAGCAUGUGGUGUGAAGAAAUUGUUUGUUUUCGGAGACUCCUACGUUGAUACCGGUAACUUUAUGGAUGGUUCCGGUGGAUGGAUCGUACCCUAUGGAAUCACAUUUCCUGGUAAACCUGCUGGCCGAUUCUCCGACGGCCGUUGCCUCACCGAUUAUAUAGCUUCAUUCUUUGGGCAAAAAUCUCCAGUUCCAUUCAACCAAAGAUCGAGCGCAAAGAAAUCAAAACUACAAAAUGGGAUGAACUUUGCAUAUGGAGGGAGUGGUGUCUUCAAUACAUUUGAAAAUUUUCCCAACAUAACAGUCCAAAUUGAUCAUCUUCAACAAACCCUCCGAGAACAAAUGUACACGGAAAAUGACCUCCACUCAUCCAUCGCUCUAGUAAGCGUAGGAGGCAAUGACUACACUGCAUUUUAUGAGAAAAACAUCAAAGACAUUCGGCAUUGGCCGGCCUUCGCUGUAUCGUUGAUCGAUCAACUUGUGAUUGACAUAAAACGUAUCCGCGAUUUGGGGGUUCGGAAAAUAGCAGUGACAACGAUAGAACCCCAAGGAUGUGUACCAGUAUCUGCAGCUGAAUUUGCAUACAAAAGUUGCAAUGAGAAGUGGAACAAUGUGUCAAUGUUCCACAAUCAGAAACUGAGAGAAGCAGUUGAGAAGCUGAAUAACGAGGCCGAUCGAUCUACCGUAGACAUUGUUGAUCUCUACAGGGCAAUGAUGUCCGUAAUCAAACGUCAUUCAGGAAGUUCGAAGUUCAAUCCAUUGAAACCAUGCUGUGAGGGUAUUACAAGCAAUGAAACAUGUGGAAUGGUAGACGAGAAUGGGAUAAAGAUGUACAAAAUAUGUGAUAAUCCCAAGUUAUCGAUAUUUUGGGAUAGGGUACAUCCUUCGCAGAAUGGGUGGCAUCGUAUUUAUUCUGCUCUGAAAUCUUCCCUUCAUCGAUUGUACAUAUAAUGUUAUAAAUAAUAGUGAUGAAUGGAAAAUAAUAACCUGAUUAACCAUG